AUCUACAAAGCAGAGCUACAAAUACAUAACAAUAUAGACUCUAGAUCCGUGUUACCAUGUUUUGUUGGAAGGUUCAAUUACAUAAAUAUUCGAAAGACUGUGACAGGAGAUGGCAAUAGGAAAAAGAAACAGUUGAGAAACCCAUGCUCUAAACCCCAGUAGAAAGUGUAGAAAGGAAAGCAAAAAGAGAAGUAGAAAGGAAGGGAAACAUUCAGAAAUUGAAAACGCCUAUGUCCCCUACUUAAGCCUCAUGCACAAGAGAAGAUGUUCAGAGAAGCUAGAGCCACAGGUCUCAGACGUGCCCACCCCAGCCAGGCCAACAGCACCUGCAGGAUCCCCGAUGGCCCUACCCUGUUCCUUCUUGGUGGCCCUGGUGGUGCUCAGCUGCCACUCCCUCGGCUCUCUGGGAUGUGACCUGCCUCAGGACCACGGCCUGCUGCACUGGAGGGCCUUGAUGCUCCUGCGACAAAUGAGGAGACUGUCUGCUAGCUCCUGUGACAAGUACACAAACGACUUUGGCUUCCCCCAGGAGGUGUUUGACGGCAAGCAGCUGCAGAAGGCUCAAGCCCUCUCUGUUGUCCAUGUGACGAACCAGAAGACCUUCCACCUCUUCUGCACAGAGGCCUCACCUGCUCCCUGGAACACGACCCUCCUGGGGGAAUUGUGCUCGGGACUUUCUGAGCAGCUGGGCCACCUAGAAGCCUGUCCCCUGCAGGAGGCGGGGGUGGGAGAGAUGCCCCUCGUGAAUGGGGACUCCAUCCUGAGGAACUACUUCCAGAGAAUCUCCCUCUAUCUGCAAGAGAAGCAAUACAGCCCUUGUGCCUGGGAGAUGGUCCGAGCAGAGACCAUGAAACCCUUGUAUGCAUCAACAGCCUUGCAUAAGAGAUUGCUUAGCAGGAAGUGA